GGCGAAACGCACCUUAUAACGGCGAUGCUCAAGCUCACGGAUGAUAUUCUGAUCUACAUCUUAUCCUUUCUCCAACCACCAUCCAUCCUCUUCUUGAGAGAGACCUGUAAACGUCUCUACCAACUCUCCUACCAGCGCAUCGUCUGGACUAAUGCAUGCACAACCGACAUCCUCUCAAACAACUAUCCUUUUCCAUCCGAUGGCAAUUUACCUCAACUCAACCUCGACCUCCUCGAACAAUAUACCCUAAAAGCAUGGUUUCUGGCUUCCAAAUGGCGUCAAUCUGCGUUUACGCCACCACCUCCACGCGUAGUUGGAUGUCUAGAUGAAGAUAUAACGUCCAUUUCCGACGUUCGUUUUUUGCCUUGCUUGGAUCGUACGUUGGUGGUCACCAUUUCGAAGAGCAUAUGGAGCGGGUUGACUGUAUGGGCGUUGCAGGGUGAUGUGCUUGUGAAACGAUGCGAGUGGUUUCCCAGAGGUGCCAUAUUUACUGGCUACGCUGUGAACAGCGAGGGGAUGAUGGCGGUUUCGGUGUGGAAGGAAGGGGAACACAUUGUGCACAUCCUCUCUCUGGACACCGAGACGUGGACUCUAAACAGCAUCGCGACUCUCAAUACAAUCUUCCGUCCGAUAUGCCUGAACGGCCACGUCUUGGCCCUCAGCAACGACGUUUCAAAGUCUCUCCUAUGGGACUGGCAGAACUCUACAUACGCCAUCCUCCAAUCAUCCCCUUUGCCGAACGAUGAAAAUCAAGGUGGAACACGAAAUCUAUUCCAGCUAACACCCAACCCUCAACCCCAGCACGACCGCUGUAUACAAGUCAUAUUCGCAUAUCACUCAAUCCUGGUCGUCUCCGCACGAUCAAUCCAUUUAUUUCCAUUCCCCGUCUUUUCAACCAUCCCAUUCGCUCCAGACAUCCCGGCCUUUCUUCCUUCAGAGGACUCCAAUGCACACAAGGUGCAUGCACCGCUGGCACAGCACUCUUUCGGGUGGGUCGAUGGCGUCGCCGUCUCUGUGUCAUCUGCACAUGGCGAACACUCGAAGGGACGAAUGGAAGAGCACGUCGCGCUCUCCAUCCUCUUAAGACCAGAGUCAGAUGACCCAUGGUAUCCUGCCGAAGAGCACAAGUUGGAGAUGUACACGCUGUACCCAAAUUCGGCUUUUGAUCCCUCUUCCCUCGAUGAAGUCGUCGUUUCUUCGAAUCUCAGCACGAAAUCCCAAGCCCAACAACUCCCAUACACGUUCCCACCCGUCCUCACCCACGCCAUCCCAACCCGGCACGGAGUCCUACGCUGUGCGUCCCUCGCGUUGGGGAAGUGUGGGACGGGCGUGUGGAUUGAGCCGAGGCUGCCGAGGACGAUGGAGGGGCUCGUCGACGGAUUUUUACGGCAUGCUGCGAAAGGGAAUUGGAAUGCGAGGAAGGAGAAGGAGAGGGUUAUGUGUGCUGUUUUUCCGGGGCCGCUUUACGUGUCUGGUUUGGAGGGCUCUAAGAGUGAGAGUGAAGAAUUGGACAGGGGCCCAGUGCCGAUACAGAUACAAGGGAUGGAGUUGGACAUUUCGGGUGUCGUUGAUGAUGAUGAUGAUGGUAUGGGGGACUGGGCGGCUUUUGACUAUGAUGAGAGUCGAGGGAGGGUGGUUCUUGCUUCGAGUUAUGGGAGGGUGUUGAUUUUGGAGGUUUAA